UCAGACGAAUCGCGAUUUUGCUUUGAAAACAAAAAUAAUUUUUAUUUUGUUGUUGUUGUUGAUUAACCUUGAAGAAUGAAUUAUUAACUUUAUAAUGAUGAUGAUUAGUAUAAUCAAAUCAGAUUAAUUGUAAAUGGGAAAAACAAAAUGAAUUAUCUAAAUAUAAUUUCAUCGUUAUCUGAAUGGUGGUCAUCAAUGACCAAAACGAAUACAAAAAUGAAUUUUUUUGUUGAAUUUUUAUAUAGUAUCUAUAUUGAUCAUCGUGAAUUGGCAUUUGAAAAUCCACGUACAUUAUUUUUAUAUUGUUUAUUAUCAUUGAUUUUUAUCGUUAUAUUUCUUUAUCAUUUAAAUAAAUUACGAAAAAAAGUAACAAAAGUUAUAUUACCUGAUGAAACAAAACCACGAUUCCGUAAACGUGAUAAAGUAAUGUUUUUUGGUCGAAAAAUUCUUCGUAAAGUUCGUUCAUCCGUACCAGAUCCAAUUCGUCAUCGUGGGCGAAAACGUCAAUUGGUUCUUAGAUUUGCCAAAAGAUUACUUCAAUUAAAAAAAGAUGAUCCAUUAGAAUUGAAAGUAAAAGAACCAUCACAAGCAUUUUUAAAAGAAGAAGAUAUUUAUGAUCCAGCUGGACAUGAUUUACCUGAAGAACUUGUCUAUAUGAUUCAUGGUAUUCGUGUUUUAGGAUUUUUUGAAAAGCCAUUAUUUUUAAAAAUGUGUCAAAAAAUCGAAGAAAUUAAAGUAAUGAAAGGUGAAUUUCUUUUCAACAUAAAUGAUUCAGAUGAUAGUAUCUAUAUUGUUAAAAGUGGUGAAAUUAAAGUUACACUUAACGAACCGGAUGGAUCGACUCUUUUAUUGAAAAAUGUUUUGGCCGGUGAAUGUAUUGCCAGUAUGUUAUCAGUAAUGGAUAUAUUGAAUGGUUAUCCAUCCAAAUUUAAAACUGUAUCCGCUACAGCUAUCCAGGAUAGUGAAAUAUUACGUUUGAAAAUUGAUGUUCUCAAGCAACUUGUCGAUGAAAAUCCUGAAAUGCUGAUUCGUGUUGUUCAAAUUAUUAUGGUUCGUUUGCAACGUGUAACAUUUACAUCGUUGUACAAAUAUCUUGGUUUGACCACGCAGCUAAUCAAACCUGGUAUUCAACUGCCAAAACGUUCAUUGGCAAAUAUUAAUGCAACUUUAAUGAAAAAAUCAAGUCCUAGUCGAAACAUUCGAAAUGGUAUUGGUGCUGGUGGUCAUCAUCGUUCUUUUUCAAAUGCCGAUGCUAUUGAUCUAAGCAAAUUGAUUAAAACUGAAUCAACAGCACUUCAUGAAGCAACAUCAUCAUCACCAAAACUUAGUCGACAAGAAUCAGAAGAUCGAUCUCGAUUUUUAAUGAUGAAACGAAAAAAAUCUGUACUUGGUGAUGAUCGUACUGCUGGUAUGACUUAUGAUGAAUUAGUCGAUAUGGCAAUUACUGAUUUGAAAAUCAUUCUUAACAUUGAUGAUGGACAAAUUCUACGUGAUCAUAUAAAAGUGAAAGAAUUUUUUCGUGAUGCUUGUCUAGCUUCAGAAGAAUGUGCUGAUGAAGUUAAUCUGAUAUUUGUUCUUUCCGGAUCGAUAACCAUAUCGCAUAAAUUGAUCGAUUCGGAUGAAGAAGCUAAUCUUUAUACUGUUUAUCCUGGUGAAUUAAUCGGUGCAUUAGAUGUUCUUAGUGGUGAAGAAUCAAUAUUUACAGUAAGAACUAAACAAAAUAGUAAAGUUGCCGUCAUUUCUCGUGAUGGUGCCUAUGAUAUAUUGGCUAAAUAUCCAAGAGUUGCAUUGAAUUUAGCUCAUACCGUUAUACAACGUUUAUCACCAUUUGUUAGACAAAUUGAUUUUGCUUUGGAUUGGAAUCAUUAUGAAUCUGGUCGUGCUAUUUAUCGAAUUGGUGAAAAAUCCGAUUGUACAUAUAUUGUAUUGAGUGGACGUCUUCGUUCAGUCAUAACAUUAAGUAAUGGAAAACGUCAACUUGUUGGUGAAUAUGGUAAAGGUGAUUUAGUUGGAAUUGUUGAAUUGAUCACACGAACACCACGAUCAUUGACGGUUAUCGCUGUUCGUGAUACUGAAUUGGCCAAACUUCCAGAUGGUCUUUUGGAAACGAUAAAAACUAAAUAUCCGGUCGUAGUGACUCGUUUAAUUCAUUUGCUUGGUCACCGGUUAUUGGUGGGCAAUAGUAUGUCAUCGUUAAGUAGUGGUAAACCAAUUUCAUAUACUGGUUCACGACCAACUGGAUCAAAUUUUUCAACAGUAGCUUUAUUAUCGGUAAAUGAUGAAGUACCAUUACAUGCUUUUUGCUAUGAACUUUAUCAUGCAUUAACAGCUAUUGGUUCAGUUGAACUUUUAACAUCAGAUUUUGUACGGAAAUGUUUAGGACCAAAUGCAUUAGAUCGACAAAAUGAAUAUCGUCUUUGUCAUUGGCUUGGAAUUCAUGAAGAUAAAAAUAAAAUUGUUUUAUAUCAAUGUGAUAAAGGAUAUUCAGCAUGGACACAACGUUGUAUACGUCAAGCUGAUUGUAUAUUGAUUGUCGGUAUGGGUGAACAAGAACCAACUGUUGGUGAAGUUGAAAAACAGCUACAAUAUUUAUCGAUGCGUACACAAAAAGAAUUAGUUUUAUUACAUCGAUUAGAUGGACCAAGACCUAAAAAUACUGUUGAAUGGUUAAAUAUGCGUGAUUGGUGUUCAUCACAUCAUCAUAUUCGUUGUCCAAAACGUGUAUUUAUUAAACGUUCACCAUUAAAAUUACGUGAAUAUUAUGAAAAUGAAGUAAAAACGCAUCAUCCAUCAAUAUUUUCAGAUUUUUCAAGAUUGGCACGAUUUCUGACAGGAAAAUCUAUCGGUUUAGUUCUUGGUGGUGGUGGUGCUCGUGGUAUAGCACAUAUUGGAAUGAUCAAAUCGAUUACCGAAGCUGGUCUACCUAUUGAUAUGGUUGGCGGUGUUAGUAUCGGUGCAUUUAUGGGUGCAUUAUGGUGUCAGGAAAAUAAUCUGACAACAUUUACACAAAAAGCUCAAAGUUGGUCAAAUGGAAUGACAUCGUAUUGGCAUCAAAUUCUUGAUCUAACAUAUCCAUCCACUGCUAUGUUUACUGGUCAUGCUUUUAAUCGUUCGAUUAAUGAAGUUUUUGGUGAAGUACAAAUCGAAGAUCUUUGGCUACCUUAUUUUACUGUAACAACUGAUAUAACAUCAAGUUGUCCUCGUACACAUCGACAUGGUUCAUUAUGGCGUUAUGUUCGUGCUAGUAUGUCAUUAUCUGGUUAUUUACCACCACUUUGUGAUCCUAUUGAUGGCCAUCUCUUGUUGGAUGGUGGUUAUGUUAAUAAUCUUCCGGCCGAUAUAAUGCAUGAUGUUAUGGGUGCUGAAAUCAUAUUGGCUAUCGAUGUUGGUAGUCAAGAUAAUUCCGAUCUCACUAAUUAUGGUGAUACAUUAAGUGGAUGGUGGCUUCUAUGGAAACGAUGGAAUCCAUUUACCGAACCUGUUCGUGUACCAAAUUUACCCGAAAUUCAAUCUCGAUUAGCUUAUGUUUGUUGUGAAAAACAAUUGGAAGAAGUUAAAAAUUCUGAUUAUUGUUGGUAUAUUCGACCACCGAUUGAUGGUUACAAAACAUUACAAUUUAAAAGUUUCAAAGAAAUUAUGAAUGUUGGUUAUCAUCAUGGAAAAGCUGUAUUCAGUACAGUUAAUUUUGGUGAUGAACGUUCCGUAUUCGAAUUGUUCAACAAAGAAAAAAAUCAAAUUCGACGUAAAUCAAUCAUAUCGAAUUCAAAUUAUAAUGAAUUUAUUGCUGGUGGUGGUGAUCAAUCAAUUAAUGAUCGUCCAUCAUUAAUGUUUAUUGGUGGUAAAUCACCACGACAAGCAUCAUUUACUGAUUUAGCUGAAAGAAUAUGUAAUAUACAAAAUCCAUUGGUAUCAAAUGAAUUUGAAUUUGAUGAUAUAACUGAAGAUGAAGACGAAAGAGCUGAUAAUGAUGAUGAUGAUGAUGAUGAAGAAGAAAUGAUGACUAAUUAUUUCUCCGAACCAGAAUUACGUGAUACCGAUACUGAUAUUGAAAAUCUAAUUGAUCGUAAAAUUAGUAACGAAGUUUAAUAUUUUUGUUAUUAGCAUUAAUGUUGUUCAUAUUUUUUUUUU